AUGGGUAUCAGUCGUGAUGGAAGACACAAGCUUCGCUUGACAGGUGGAAAAAAAAAGAUCCACAAGAAAAAAAGAAAAUAUGAAUUAGGAAGGCCUCCUUCAAAUACCAAAUUAGGUAGCAGACAAGUACAUGUAGUUAGAGGAAGAGGAAGAAAUUACAAAUAUCGUGCUAUUAAAUUAGAUUCUGGAAGUUUUUCAUGGCCUACCUUUGGUAUAUCUAAGAAUACAAGAAUUAUUGAUGUUGUUUAUAAUGCAUCUAACAACGAACUUGUAAGAACAAAAACACUCGUCAAAAAUUGUAUAGUCGUGAUAGAUUCCCACCCAUUCACAACAUGGUAUGAGAACACCUUCGGCACAACCCUUGGAAAAAAAAAGAAAGAAAAGAAAGAAGAAGAUAAUAAGGAAGAAAAUAAACAAGAAGUAGAAAAUAACGAAGAAGCUGCAAAGGAAGAAACAACAAAAACAUAUGGUGUUAUUAAAAAAAUAGGUAAAUCCAAAACUAUUGAUCCUUUAUUACUUGAACAGUUUAAACAAGGAAGAGUCUUAGCAUGUAUUAGUAGCAGACCAGGUCAAUGUGGAAAAGCAGAUGGUUAUAUUAUUGAAGGAGAUGAAUUAUUAUUUUAUAAACGUAAAAUGGAUAAGAAAAAGAGAAGUUAA